GAUGGUAACUGGUGUGAACAUCGACAGUGUAAAGUUUACCUCCUUGUUCCAAGUAUUUAUUACAUACAUAGUAAAUUUACUGGAAAUUUGGAAAUUUUUAAAAUUUUGAAAUAUAUCAUGCGCCCGUCCGAAACCAAUUUAAAAUUAGUGUCGAUUAUUGUACUCCUUAUCUCUCACCGAUUACAGUUUGUUUCCUUGGUUGAACUUGAAGACGAACUACGGCUAACGAGAGAAGAGAAUGGAAAGCUGGAUAUGUUGAAAAUGAGAGUUGGUAAUAUCCGGGCGCACACUUGGCUUAAAACCGACCUUGCCCUUCUCCGGUGGUUGCGAGUUAACAAAUUGAACGUGGAGGAAGCUGAGACCGCCUUUAAACAUGUAAUACGAAAUUGUAGUAACCUUAAGUGGAGAAAGAUAAACAGGAUAGAUUCCAUCCUGCGGGAAGAUUGGACCUUCUGGGAACGCGAAUAUUAUUUCGAUUGUAGUGCCACGGACUAUACGGGAAGACCAGUUUGCACUGGUGACAUUUCUGAGUGGGAUAUUCGCCAAGCAAUCAUAUCGGGUGAGGGUGAAACACUGCUGAGAUACAUGAUCAAAACAGCGGAAGAUGCGUCCACCCGGGUUUGGAAAUCGCAGGAAAUGGGAAAGAAUGUGACGCAAUGGAUCACAAUUUGGAAUAUGGAUAACUUUAAUCUUGCUCAGCAUGGAUGCGUGCAAUGUAUUUCUCUCCUGGUACGAUUUACUACCACAUUUCAAACCAAUUAUCCAAACGGGAUGCAUAAGCUUAUCUCAAUUAAUGCACUGGACGUCUUCCAAACCGUUUUCAAUCUUUUUAAACACGUCAUGAGCAAAGCCAUGCAGGACACGUUUCAUAUUUUUGGCACAAAUAAGGACGAAUGGAGGAAGGAAUUGCUUUCGCUCAUUCCGGAAAAUGAAUUGACUCCGAAUUUUGGAGGAACGAAAAUAAGAUGAUUUAAUUUGCAUAUUAAAUGAUAUGUAUGUUUGCGGAAUCUAAAAAUAAAUUACCAUUGCAACCCAUGCAACAAAGGGAUGAACCAAUGGAAAAACAUUAUGUA